CUAGGGCAGUGCAGUGUACAGAAGACAGCUCGCCUCCUACAAUCAGCAUUCAGCACGUUACACCUACACUUUUUAUGGCUUCUCCAUAGGGUGUGAGUGAUUCAGAAGAAGAAAAUUCAGAGCAGUGCUACCAAUUUGCAAUUAACAGGUGCUAUGGAGAAGAAGAUGUCACCAGAAGAAGUCUCUGCCUUCAGUCAUCCUCACCUCCUUAAGCUUUGUGGACUGUGUGGUGCUGGCUGCCCUGUACCUGUAUUUUUAGUAUCCUGUGGGCAUUGCUUUUGCCUUGGCUGUCUUGAGGGCUUCUGGCAGCAACUUCCUAAUUGUGAAAAGCCAUGCCCAACCUGUACCUUGCCCAGGGAGAGUCAAGAAAGCCUGAGGCAACAUCCAUUGCAAUGUAACCUGUGCCCAGUUCAUCAUCCAUGUACUGCCAGGUGGAGCUGCCUGACCUGUGGGGAGUCCUAUUGCCCUGAGCACUUCCAACCGCACAUGCUUGAAGAGGAGAGUGGUGGGGUGUCACUGGCUGGGCACCAUGUGUGUGAUGCGGCAGGAGAGGAGGCCAGGAGAAUGAGUGGUACCCGGCGGUGCCCACAGCACAGGGACAGGCUGGUGGAGAUGUACUGUGGCAUUUGCAGAGUGUGCAUCUGUACCCUAUGUCCCCUGCUUGGCAGUCAUAAAGGCCACCCAGUGACCCUCAUACAGCAGGAAGCCAUGCACAAGAAGAAUCUGACGAACAGAUGCCUGGAGCAGCUUGAUCAAAAGACAAUCAAUGUACUUGGCAACAUACAGAAUAUUGAGCAAGCUGCCACCGAACUCAAGGCACACACUCUGGCAAGCAAGGAUUCUAUCACCUCAAAAUGUACAGAACUGCGUCUUUUGCUUGAAGAAGAAGAAACAUUUGCAAAAAAAUAUAUUGAUGACAAGGCCAAAAUGGUUCUGUGGGCCUAUGAUGGUCAAAUAGAGACAUGCCAAGACCAGAUAAAGGUCAUUGAUAAAAUAUCAACCAAAGUCAGAAGUAUUCAUCAGCAGCCUGAUGACAUAAAACUCAUUGAGGAUUAUACAGCAUCAGAGAGGGAGAUUAGGACUUCCAUGGCUCCAGCUGAACAAUGGCAUCCAGUCCCAGUUACCUUUGAACAUCUGGAAAAUUACUAUGGCUCCUUCACAGAAACUUUCAAAUCUAUAUUCAAGGAGCCUCUUACAAACCCCUUGAGGUCUAAUACAUUUAGUGGCCUCAGAGAGAGAGCAACACAAAAACCUGGAACGUUAAUUAAAACAGGGUCCUUUGUGGACAGAUCACUGUUCUUAAAACAUGCCAGAUGUCCAACAUUAGAUCCCAAUACAAUGCAUCCUAAGCUGAGGCUCUCUGAAGACCUCCUUACAGUAAACUGUGCCUGGUUAGGGACAUUUAACUCCAGCCACCCUCAAAGGUUUGAUAAACUCAUGCAGAUACUAAGCAGAGACUCUUACUUUUCUGGCACACACUACUGGGAGGUAGAUGUCCUUCAAGCAGGACAAGGAUGGUGGAUAGGCGUCACUUACCCGUCGAUCCAGAGGAAAGGAGACUCUGAGUUCAGUCGCCUCGGAUGGACCAGUGGAUCAUGGUGUAUUAAAAGAUUUGAUCAUGAAUACUGGGCUUUCCACAAAGGAGAGAGGAAAGCAAUUCAUCUCAACCACCACCCAGAGAAAAUUGGGGUUUUCCUGGACUAUGAAUCUGGAGUUCUUUCUUUCUUUGAUGUCACAGCAGGAAUGAGGCAUUUGCAUACUUUUCGCUGCAGGUUUACAGAACCACUGUAUCCUGCUCUACGGUUAUGGGAUGGAUCAGUCACAAUCUGUAGAUUGACUUAAA